AAGAAGUAUCUGUUUUUUUUCUUCUUGGUAAGCUCAUUUAGCACUCCACUUUUGAAUCUUUGAGGACUUCAUAUUAAAUCAAUGGCAGAAAAAAGUGGACAUGGCACUAUUCUGCGAAGUGAAGCCCUCAAGAAGUAUAUUUUGGAAACCAGUGUUUAUCCAAGAGAGCAUGAGCAACUAAAAGAACUCAGACAAGCCUCAUUCGAUAAGUAUAAAAUAGUGAGCUUGAUGGGUGUGCCUCAAGAUGAAGGCCAAUUUCUUUCAAUGCUUCUAAAGAUCAUGAAUGCCAAGAAGACAAUGGAGAUUGGAGUUUUCACUGGCUACUCUCUUCUAGUUACAGCUCUUGCUUUGCCUGAAGAUGGGAAAGUAAUAGCAAUUGAUCCAGACAAAGAUGCAUAUGAAGUUGGAUUGCCAUUUAUUAAGAAGGCUGGUGUGGAGCAUAAGAUUCAAUUUAUUCAAUCACAGGCCUUGCCUGUUCUUGAAAAACUCCUCGAGAAAGAAGAAGGGACAUUUGAUUUCAUAUUCAUUGAUGCUGAUAAGGAGAACUAUUUGAAAUACCAUGAGAUUGUACUAAAAUUGGUGAAAGUUGGAGGAGUACUUGGCUAUGAUAACACUUUAUGGUAUGGAACAGUUGCACUUUCAGAGAAUGAUCCUAUGCCACCAGGAUUAAAGGCAUUGAGGGGAGCUGUUAGAGAGAUCAACACUUUUUUAGCUAAUGAUCCUAGAAUUGAAAUGUCUCAACUUUCAAUUGGUGAUGGACUUACCCUUUGUCGCCGUCUCUACUAGUUUGAGACUGAGGCGUAGUUAUUUUAAUUGUUAUUUCGUGUAUCAGUUAAAAAUGGGGCAUGGUUUUGUCUAGUAGACGAGACUUUGUUGUUGUUGUUGUU